AUGCCGCUGCUCGGAUUCGAUUCUCGGUCGGAGCAUGAGUUUUGCAACAUCGCAUGCCAAAUCUCUGUCCGCAAAGACACUCGAGGCCCGGCAUCCGAUCCUUACCACCGAAAGCUGCGAGCUGCUCAUGCAUUCGCUGCAGCUCACCACCGUACGGCGCUUCGUCGAGGAUCGGCUCGGCCGCACCACACACCUACACCCGUCUACCCCAUUCGCGCGGUCGCAAGCUGGGAUAUUGUGACGGGUCGAUGCUUCAUCAUACUGAUAGACCUCUGCGCAGGGAGUCCAUCUCCGAACCCAGCCGCAAAUCCGUUCUCGUCAGCCACUCAACAGGGCGGUCAGUCAGCGGUCAAUCCGUUUGGCCAGCCACCUGCUUUUGGAGCCCCUUCUGCGCAAGCCUCGAAUGUAUUUGGCCAACCCUCGGCGGCAUCUACUACCCAUUUGUCACCGUUCGGGACACAGCAUAGCAAUGGGCAGUCAUCGCCGUUCGGAGCCGCACCUACUACGAAUAAUGGCAUAGGUUUUGGAGGAGCAUCAACAGGAUUUGGCUCAAAUGGUUUUGGAUCAACCGGCUUUGGAUCCAGUAACGGAGGCUCGAAUGGAUUUGGCUCUACCACCCAAAACGGUUUCGGCAGCUCGGGCAACCAAACACAGCCAGCACUGGGCGGCUUCGGCGCACCCGGACGAUCUUCCUCUGAUUUUCAAUCAUCUACCAACACGACCAACGGCGCGUCAUCUAAUCCUUUCGGCACAAAAACUGGCGCAAAUCCUGGAUUUGGAGGCGGCACUGGCUUUGGAAGUACUUUGAAACCCUUUGGCGCAUUUGCAGGCAACAACAAUGCCACAGGGAAACCAAGAAGUGCGUCUGGUUCAAGAGGCAGCACGCCCGGCGGAUUUGGAAAUGGAUUUGGAAACGACACAAGGGGCAGGCAGAAUGGGUUCAAGAAAACAAAACCAAAUUUCACAGAGACUCUUGAAUCCAAGGGAAGUUAUGUUGUGCCUGGCAACAACGGCGACUACCAGGUUACCAGAAAUAAACCGCCGGGGGCCAUCUCUGGCGCAUGGGCACAGCAAAACGAUGCGCAUCACAACCCUUUCAAGACUCUCAGUGAGAGACAAGCGGACCCUGCGGCAGCCAUAGCCAGCAAGGGCAGGUCUGCAAGAUUCACUGCUGCCGCUCCAGUCGCUACUCUUGAUGAGUUUUCCACUGCAGUCAAUAGCCAACUCAAGAAGGACAGAGUGAAGGAGAUGACUUUGCCCCACGACUUCUUUGAACCGGCGAAAAGACACAAGGCUCAGUCGUUCCGCGAGUCGCAUCUCGAGGCUCACAAGAACAAAGUUCGGGAGUCUCUGGAGAAGGGUGACCUCUUGGAUGUCUACGAAAAGCAGAUCAAUCUGGAGGACGCCAUCGACUUCCGUGGAACUUGUGAGGAGAUGUGUCCACUGUAUGAGAUCGUGAUCAGAGUGGCCGAAGGAAUCUCACAGCUGGAAGAGAAAGAAGAGGGACCAGAUGGGACACUCCGCCCCUGCCUCGAGAAGUUCGUGAAGCGACACGCACGCUCAUCGGCUGGUGACAAACCGCCACUCCCGAGUGAAGUUCGCACACUUGGGGCACUCAAACGAACCACGGACUAUUUGCUCAACAACAUUCUGCAAGGCGAGCAUAACCUCAAGGACCGACAUGCUUUCCUCUGGGACCGGCUGCGCGCUGUGCGAAGGGAUUUCAUCUUUUACACUAGGAUGAGACCGGAAGAGACUCUUGUUAUGGUCAACAUUCUGGAGACGAUUGCUCGGUUUCACGCAAUCUCUCACCAUCUCUUGGCUAAGAAAGACGCUGCAAAUGCAGAGUAUUCGGCCAAACAAGAGCAGGAAGCGUUCCAAAAGACACUCAUUUCCCUCAAGCAAGCCUAUAUGGAUCUGAACAAGCAAGGAAUCAAGUGCGACAACGAGCCUGAGUUUAUGGCGUACUGGAUUCUUUUCUUUGCAGACGAUCCUUCGACCAUCCGCAGGUUGGAUAACGAGAUGUUGCAGAAAAACUGGUCCAACUCCAGCCAGGUUCAAACAGCUGUCUCACUAGUCCACGCAAGGUUGAAUUUCAGGACGCCUCUACAGAAGGGACAGAAAACCCCUCGUCAGAAGCCAUAUGAGUAUUUCCCCAGUUUGGCAAUCGGCGAGGGAACUGCCUACUUUGACAUUGUUGCCGAUCCGUCGGUAUCGUACACGAUGGCUUGUGUUGCCGAGAUGAGCUUUACUAUGAUCAGAGACAGGUUGUUGAACAGCAUGAUUCAGACUUGUGCGAGAAGUCGGGACUCGCCAAAAGACAUCACGCCUGCAGCGCUACAGGAGAUGCUCAGGUUUGAUACCGAAGAAGAGGUUGUUGAGUUUGUGGAGGGUCGAGGCCUCAACUUCUCAGACGACGGAAGCUAUCUCGUGUUGACGGAUAAGAGCCAACGUGUGAUGGAAACCGCGGUACCGACAUUUUCACAGAAUAUUGUCGAAAGAAAGCGCUGCGAUAGGCCCCUGCUGGAGGUCAUUCGUAACAAUGUCUACGAAGUCGAGACUCCACCAGACGCAGUCGAGGCAAGGCAUCCAGAUAGCCCCGAGGGCAUGUUCGUGGAGGACUUUCCAAGUUCAAGAACACAAAGUCCUAUAAAGGCGGCUGUCCCGCAAGUAUCAGCAAAUCCUUUCGGCAACCAGCAACAAAAAGCUCCCGCCCCUUCACUCGGCAGCUUCUCAAAACCGGCCACCACCACGCCAUUCUUUGGUGCCCCUACUCCCUCCACUCAGCCGCCGCCUCUGGGGCUUUCCCAGGGAAACUCUAUUAAAGCUCCUGACUCCAUACCGGCAGCAAACGCGCCGAAGAGUAAUCCUUUCGCGUUUCUCAACGACAAGAAAGAGGAUUUGAAUAAAAGCUCUCCCCAACAAUCCUUGUUUGGACCAAACUCGGCCCCUCAACCGAACGUACCAGCAGUUGCGCCAAGUCCAGCACCACCAGCAUUUCCGGUUCCGUCUGUAAAACCACAAGCACAGCCGUUACCUGCUCUGCCUCAACCUGGCCUGCCUUCGUUUGGUGGCUUGGGUUCAACCACAUCCAACGCAGCUCCUCAAGCCCCCUUGUUCUCAAAGCCUGCUGAAAAGGCUCCGACACCUUUGCCUUCGACUUCUACACCUUCUUUCCCCUCGGUGGCCAGCUCAGCAGCGCCUACCACUGCUGGGAUACCAAGUUUUGGGCUUGGCCAACAAGCAAACCAACAGCAACUUCCAGGGAGUGCACCUGUAGCCGGUAUUCAGGAGAGGAUUGCGUCAUUAACAGAGAAGAAUGGUUUGGAAAAUGCUGGAGUUCCAGCUACUAGCAUGGCACCACCAUCUCAACUCUCUAUCAAACCGACGCCGCCUGCACCUUCUCCACCGGUGCCUAAAGUGAAACCUAUCGAGGCGCUGACGAAGUGGUACGUGCUUGGGGACAAGGGUAUGCUUGAAGAGUUUAGGGAGAGUUACAUCGCUCAUCUUGUUGGUGAGGUAUUCCAAAAACAUCAAGAGGAGGAACGGGAAAGGCUCCGGAGAGAGGAGGAUGAGAAGUCAUGGGAGGAGGCGAGAAAGUGGAGGACGUACAAUCUAGGGCUGAAGUUUUUCUACAAGUGGCGUGAUAUUGCAAGAGAUCGGGCGCUCAGUCGGAGGGCUAGGGAAGGAAAGGAGGCGAUGAAGGCAUAUAGGGAAUCACAGUUGGCCAAGGCCAGGGAGGAAAGAGAGGCGGUGGAGAGGAAGAAGCGGAAGGAAGAUUCGAUGCGAGCGAGUCAAAGGGCAAACGUUACUAGCAGCUUUUUGGAUGACUUUCAGGCGCGACAAAGUCAAAGAAAAAGCUCGCUGGCUAGCAUGGAGGGCUACAGGGGCCAUGAAAGCCGCCGUAACAGCUCACUAAACAGCGUGGAGGCAGAGCUCCUCGCUACUGGCGUGUUUAACGGGGUACGCAACGACAGGCUUACAUCAUCUGGAGCAACUCGGGAUGAUGCCAGCGACGCCGACUCGGUUGCCGAGGCCCUUCUUGGACCCGGACCUGCCAACACCAGUGCGAUUGAGCCUCACCCGGACAGCAAAAGAUCAAACAUGCUACGGAACUGGCGAGAAAGCCUCUCGAGGUCAGCGUCACGGGUCAAGGAAGGUGCCAUGGCCGUCUUUUCGUCGAGCGCAAGGGAAUCAAUAAGACGGGGCAGUAAUGAUAUGGACGACGACCAGAGAAGUCAGCUCUCGGUACCGCUGUCUCGUACUUCCAGCCUCAGCCGCUCGCUCCGAGCCAAGGCCAGAGUUACCAACUUCUCGGGCGUUACCAAGAAGCGAGCGGCAUCGCCGGCCGGAAGUCUGGACCAAAGGCUGAAGGUACCGCGGAGCAGCGGGCUCAAGACGAGCCAUUUCCGACUUCGCGCCAUGGGAAUGGUUCACAUGCCAAACGGGCAAUAUCUUCACGAAUCGAUCGCCAAGCCAAUGCUCGAGGGCAAGCGGUUCCACGGCAUAGGUGACUACGGGCUGCCUGCCGUGGAGGGCGGCGACAAGCUGGAUCUGCCCGAGCAGGACGGCGACUUGCCCGCGGAGCAGCAUCAACGACGCUAUUUCCCCCAUCACCAAUCGCGGCUGUCGACCUCUUCGCUCAACAGGUUCGUCACCUCGCCGCCGUCGACGUACAAGCGCAAGAUCUCGGACCUGGACGGGGUCGGCAGCAGGGACGCCGACGCGCGUUCUGUGCAGAGUCUGGAUAUUGGCGGCUCCUCUGGGGGCAAGAAGCAGCGUACGAGCGGGGAAGUGGUCACGAGAAGUGGAGGGUUCGACCUGGCCGAGACGGAGCGCAUCAUCCGCGAGAUGCGCCAGACGGCGGCGCAGAUGGAGGAGGGCGAGGCUUGGUACCGAGAGCAGAGCGCGGCCUUUGGGAGGGGGGAGAGUCCCUGGGCCAACUAG